AUGAGCGUUAACGAUCGUCUUGGCCGUCUUCCAGUCGAGGUAUGGCAGAUGGCCUUCGAGCACCUCAGUCAAACCGACCUCUUCAAUCUUCGCAGCGUCAAUUCUGCUCUCGGCGCCAUCGCUAGCCCAUUUUUGUACCGUUAUGGUCUACUCACGAAACUCGGCCUCCACUUUCCCGGCGCACCACACCCCUACCCAUUCACGGAUCUGCCAGAGCUCGGUCACAUUGCACUCCGGAAAUCAGACCUCGACCGCAUUGUUCACAAUCUUCGACGCCUCGAGAUUCCGACCCACAAGAGUAAGAGCUGCUCAACUGUAUUCAAGGGUGUGUGGCCGGACGGCCUACGACUUAACGCGGACGUUUUGUCCCUCGAGGUCGAGCAGAUUCCUGAAGCAGCCCUGCGCCCCAGGGAACGGCCGGUGUUCCCCGAAUGCUUCGUGCACACUGAGUAUAACGAAAGCUUGGGAUCCGCCAUGGAUGACCACGGUGCUAGCAAUUCAGAGGUUGCCGUUGACACAACCUGUCUGCGGGCUUGUUCCUUCCUUGACGAGCCGGACCUCUGGUCUGCCAGGGUGCGCAAGGUUGUUAUUCGCGGCGCGCCCCUGAGUUGGAAAAGCCAACAACGACCGCAUCAAGUUCCAGGCGGACGUUGGGCAACGGAGUACGUUCUUGUGGUGGACUCUGCUAAGGAUUGGAUCUCGUGGAUUGGUGAUGUGGUGUGCAUGUGUCCAGAGUACCACCGACUGUUCGGCCCCACUAAAAAUCCCAUCGCGGGCUUCAGUCCUUUCCCUCACGACAGCACCAGCCUCAAAAGGUUGACCAUCAUAUUCUGGACAGAGCCGCCAGAGUCACCCUGGCUCCCGCCGUGUGGGCACUUCACCAAGGAGGAGCACUGGACCAGCCGGGAUGUCUGCAACUCUUAUACUGAGAUCUGGGACGCCAUUGUGGCCACGGUGCGGCGCGUCCCCAGCCUACAGCAGAUUUGUCUAGUGAACACAGGUGCAAUGUCGGAGCAGCCAAGUGCUGGAGUCAAGCGUCGGGCGCGCAAACCGUACAAGCUGUUCGACAAGACCAAGAUUGCAGACGAACUGCAAACCAGGCUGCAGAAAGCCUACCCCAAGAACCGUGGCUUGGAGCAGCCGGAGCUCUCAUUUCAAACCGUAAAUGAGUGGGCGGAAGCGGAAGAUUGGGAGGACGUCUUCAAUGUCAAGGAGAUCGCGCCCUUUCUGGAGCGUGCCGAAUGA